AUGCGUACCGGUCGAUAUGCACCCCUGGCAGCACUUGCCACUCUGGCAAGCCUCAGCCUUGCUGAGGACUUGCUGUUCCCCCAUAUGCAUGGGCUAAAAUACGCCGAGUACGACCAGGCAGUGAAGCUGGGGCUGACGGCCCAUAUUUGCAAGGACGAGGACGAAUGGUACGGAAUGACGACGGCCGACUUUGCCAAAUACAAGGCAAUCAUUGUUCCGGACUGCCUCUGCAACACCAGUCUUAGCACCAUCAAGUUCCUAGACGACACCAAGGGGGUCUGGUCUCCAGCUGUCACGGGUAACAUGGUCCUCAUAGGAACAGAUCCCUCGUUUCACGCAAAGUAUUACCAUCUCCCGGGCGCUUUGGCCAUGAUGCAGGAUUCCAUCAGCCUCGUUACCGCGGGCAAGAACGGCACAGGCAUGUACUUUUCGCUCUCGUGCUACUACCAGAGCAAUGCUGCGCCCAUGUCCAUCAGUGCUCUUUCCGAGAUAGGCAACUUUCAGGUCCGCGGCAAUCUCAGCCAUCCGUGUCUCAACAACGCACAUAUUGUAGCCAAGUCCAAUGUCAUGACCACUCUCAGCGACGAGAAUGCAAGCAACUGGAACUGCAGCGUUCACGAAGUCUUCUCCGAGUAUCCCAGAGAUGGAUCUGGCGGCUUUGAGGCACUGGCAAUUGCUUUGAACGCAACUGGUCUGGGACAGCGGUCGUUUGCAGACAAGACGUCGGGCAUCCCAUACAUCAUCGCCCGCGGAGCCACCCCUCUUGGGUGCGGCAACAGCAUAACGGAGCCAACUUACAACGAGGAGUGUGAUAAUGGGUCCACCAACGGCGCCCCAGGCGACCUGUGCUCGUCUUCUUGCAAAUGCCUGUAUGGGAUGAUCACCCCUGGCGUCUGCCGGUCGAAUUACUGCCGCUCUGAGUACCUCGCUACUAGCAAAUUCGUCGUCGAGCGCGCCCCUGUCAACGCCAACAUUGCCGCCAAACAGUUCGACCAUUGGCUCCAUACCAUCCAACUUUUCAAGUUUCCGCUCCAGCUCUCGGUUUGGGACGGCACCCGUCACCCUUACGGUAACCCCCCCUGGCCCGCCACCGAAGCCGUCUGGUACCAACGCGACUUCACAGCUCGGAUCAGGGCCGUCUAG